GUGAGUUUGUUUGAGAUGUCUAUUUUAGACUAAAUACGAUAUCGAAAAAAAUCAAGUGUAAAUGAACAGAUUAGAAAAGUCAUAUUUGCCUCAUGCUUUGUUUUAUAUCAGACCUUUAGUAGAUGCCUUCAGAAUGACGGCGGGUGCACGCAGUUCGGACUUAUCGCAAAUAGCCGUGAACGCCAAUAAUAUACCAAACGAUAGUGUCGAUUGUGGUGUAAAAUUAUGUGGCUGUUGUAAUGGCCCCAGUUGCCUUAAAUUGGCACGAUUACGCAUCUUUGUUGUAGUGUUGGCGUGUGCUGGUUCGAUACAGGGUGCCUGUGAAACCUACUUUCGUAUAUCGGCAAAGGGAGCUGCACUUGAAUAUGAAUAUAAUCCAAUAAUUGUCGAUUGGCUCAUUGUUAGCAGUGGCAUAUUUCAAGCCUUAUUUGCUUUGAUAUUUGCACAUUGGGCGCUUAAGACCCAUUCAAUAAAAUGGCUAUCAAGCACAAUUAUUACACAGUCGCUCGUCUGCGUCAUCGCUGUUAUACCAGCCAUAAUAGGCUUCUCCGACGGUGUGGUGGCACCCAUCAGCAGCAUAGCUACAAACCUCUGCAACAUAACUCCAUAUCAGAAGAGCAUACUCACCGUGCAACAAGCUCAGCUUAGCACGCUUAUAUUGCUUUUUGUGCUACAGUUCGCGCUUGGUUUUGCCAAUUUGGCCUUCUACACAAUCGGCACCACCUACUUGGAUGACAAUUCAGCUUCGAUUGAUAGUCCGGCUGUGAUAGGGACCGCCUUGGCGGGACGCAUAUUAGGCCUACAAGUUGGCUCGUUUGUUGUGCUUGGUGUUGGCGCAACAACGCUUGGCUGGUGGUUGGGUUGGCUUAUCUUAGCACCUUUAGUUUUGUUAAGCGGCAUAGUACUGGGCUUAUUUCCGAAACGUCUGCCGAAAACCGUUAUACAUCAUGCAGCCCAACGCAUUAUUGAAGAGACGCAAACACGCACAUUUGGCAGUCAAUUCUCCACCUACAUUGAUGAUGUCGGCUUUGGGCCCUCACUAAAACGUAUAUUCACCAAUAAACUGCUCAUGUGCAAUCUCUUGGGCAUAAUGUUCAUUUUCUCGGCUACUGUGAACUUUGAGUUGCAAGAGGAGUCAUAUUUGCAAUCGCGCUUCUUUCUGCCAUAUAGCGAAGAGGAUGGAUUGUUGCAGGAAUGGGAAGCGCGAUUUGUGGCUUACUUCCUGAGGCCACCAGUGGCAGCGGUGGGCAUUCUGGUGCUGGGACUUAUUAUCUCCAAACUGAAAUUAUCAGGCAGAGCCAUAACUGCACUCAAUAUAGUUUUCGGUGUAACUUUGUUGGCGAUUUUCAUUGCGAAUAUAUUUAUCAAAUGUGAGGUUGGUGAUAUUGCUGGCGUCACUCAGGGCAAGGUAUUGCAGCCAUUCUGUUCCAAACAGUGCACCGGCAUUUGCAAGGCGACCACCUUCCAGCCCGUCUGCCCCGAAAACUCAACGGUCACUUAUUUUUCGGCAUGCUACGCUGGUUGCACACGCACUAACAGUAUUAAUAAUGUUCUGCUAUAUGAGGGCUGUACCUGCACAUCCAACUAUAAUGCCGAACCGCAAGUAAAUCUGCGUGCAACCGAAGGUGCUUGCAGUUACGUGAACUGUCAGCGAAUGUUGAUCGCUUUUCAGGUACUAAGUUUACUAGCUGCCGCUGUUCUGGGUUCCAGCACCAUAGGCAAGGUCAUAAUUACUUUGCGCAGCGUGCUGCCGCAGGACAAGGCCUUGGCAUUGGCAACGCAACUAACACUUUUCGGCAUCUUCGCUUACAUACCAGCGCACAUCGGCUAUCAAAUGGUCACCAGAUACACUUGCGUCUACUGGACACCGGAGUACAAGCGUUGCCUGCUGCGCGCGACGCCCAAACAUGGCAAUAUUUUAAAUAUCAUUUCAGCAUGUCUCAUUUUAGUUGGUAUUCUAUUCGAUUUAUUAGUUUUUAUUUUCGUAAAAGGUCUCAACAUAUAUAACUGUAAAGUUACCGAUCCGAAUUAUUCACCUUCACUCUACUCCCCCAUACCACGUGAGGAUCCCCAUGCAGCAGCUGUACCACAAGCUGUAGGCGGCAGUCCUGUGACUACACAAACUGAUGCUUCACCAAUGCAACGCCGCGAUGCACAAUCCGUCCGUUCUGCACCAAAAUCUGAGGGUGUCAGCGUCUUUCGCAAUCCCAGCUCACUGACCGAUUCAUCGGUGGGUGAGAAUAGUUUACAAGAGCAUCAUAGUAAUGGUAUUACGUAUGCCCAAGUCGUCUUCCCACCGGAUAAACAUAAAGUCGAUGAUGGCACCACCAGUCCCAAACGCAUGGCUGUGCGUGCUGAUGUGCCCCUGCAUCAUCUCUCUGCGCAUGACGUCCGUGCGCAACUGGGAAAUCUCAAAUCAUUUAAUCAGGAAAGUAAUGACGAUAACGAAAUUGUUAAAGAUGUGCAACCGGAAAUCGAGGAAAAGGUACCGUUAACACUAAAUAUCGCUGCCGCCAAUGAGCAAGCGCCAACGAAGCCUAUAACACCGACAGCAGGCGUUAAAGUGCUACCACCAAUCGCGCCGAAGCCCAAGAAAAUGACAACAGCUCCUAUAGAAACGGAUUUGGAUAAAAUUGAAGCGCUACCGGCAAGACCUUUAAGUCCGGAGACAGAUUUCUAAUUUUUCAUUAAAUAUCUUGUAUUGAAUACAGAAGAAGAAACAAAUCAGCACAAAUAUUUUCAAAUUUUA